AUGAAAAGACAAGAUAGAUUAGUAAUCAAAAUCUGGACACUAAUAUCUUCAAUUGCUGCUAUUUUAUUCACAUUACUUGCUAUUGUCUUGUUCAUUCAAAGUGUGUUAUUGAUGAAUCAUUCUCAAUUUCCAUGUUCUUUAGAUCGAGUUAGUCCAAAUACACAAGUUUGUUUUUGUUAUUUAAUCCCUUUCUUAUCUAAAAAUAAAAAUAACAAAUAUAAGUUUCUUGAUUCAAUUGCUAUUCUUGAUCAAAACAAAGAAGUUAAAAACACAUUAGAUAAUUUAAAUAAAAAUGCAAUACAAAACAGAAAAUUUGAUUAUGAGUCUGCUGAAGUUCAAAUAGAUAGAAAAGAAAAUUAUGAAGAUGAUCGCGAAAUUUGUCCAACUAACUUUAUUGAUUUUCAAGUUAAAUGGCUUAUUGUUAUAGCUUGUUUUGUUGGAGCACAUGCUAUAUGUUGUUUUGUCUUAUCACUAAGAUUUAGUUUAAAAUUAUUUGUUGGAUUUUAUCCUUCUUCUUCAAUAAGUAUUGAUGAAGAAAAUUAA